UUAAUUUAAAAAAGUGCUUCGGAGCACAGGGAAGACUUUCAACUCUGCAUGCCAAGUGCACAUUCUGAAACUCCUGCUUGCCGAGUUGCAGGGCAAAACAAUACAUCAUUGUUUGCUUGUGCCACUAGGCCUUGUUUGAGGUUGCAGGAUUUAACAACCUUCUCAUUUUCCAUCCACACACAAACUUUUCAGGCGCUCUCUCUUUUCUUAAAGUAAAUAUUUGCUGUGCUAAGUCAAACAGGCCAGUGCUUGAUAUCGCUCGCUGCUAAUGAUAACCUUGCAGAGGUGAAUGCAUUGAACCGAAGCAGUCGGUAGUGGCAAGCCCCUGAUAAGUGCUCUGGAUUGGAUCUGCUCUUUCAACAACAACAAGCUGAUUAUUCCAUGAGGAGAAUGGAACACAACAGCAAGAACAACAGCUUAAAAUGGAUUUAGGAUUUGCCAACUCUGGCAGAAUAGUUAGCAUUCCCUAGCAUGAUCCGUGAGGUUUGAGUUAUUUAUGCUCCAGGGAGUGUUUUUACUUUCCCUCUUUCUCAUCCCCCUCUGCUUCACUUACAAGUUUCCUGUGGGCACUCUGAUAAGGUCUAUUUCAAGAGGCUGUGGUGAGAAUAUCUUUCAUGACCAACACCAUUUUGGGCCUUUAGAAUGUCUUUCGUGACCAACACCAUUUUGGACCCCUGUGUCCAACAAGAGAUACGGCCACCACGAGACAAAGGCUGGACCAGGGAGUCUGGGGUGUCCAUCCUCUGGAGUCUGUGUUGGGGCUUGGAGCAGGUCACUUAUAUGGACAACCUGCUGAGUGCUGGAAGCUUGAGGUUACACUGAUGACCUUCUGAUUGUGUAGUCUAUUUUUGGAGUCGGUGUGACCGUGACCUGAAGUGGUGACUCACAGUGCAGCGUUAAGGUUAUGGAGAAACCAGAACGUAGCAGCACUCAAGCAGCCAACAGCCAUGCACAUGCCUACAUGCAGAACUCUCAGAGAAUCCAGAGCAGAGGCUGUGGGGGGAAAAAUGAAAGGAAGAAAGAAAAAAACCCUCCUUGCAAAAGUCAUAAAUUUCACGAAUAAUUUAAUCGCACUCUUAAUAUGGAUCCAAGAUUCUCGCUGCACAUCUGGUAGACAUAUGUGAUGCAGUUAUAGCACUUUUUCUUUCUUCAUUUUCAUUUUUUUUUUCUUUGGAUGGAAAUCUCAGACCCAAGGACUUGCUUGGGGGAGUUGUUCCAUUGUGUCAUGUGCAACCGUGUGUACAGAGGUGAAUUAUAGUCUACAGUUUUGAAAUGGUCCUUGAUGUGUAAACUUGUUAUCUUGAUCUUACAAAGAGGGCAUCAGUCCAGACUUCUUUUUGUUGUAGUUUCUUUCCGUCAUUGCUAAAGAUGUUUGGGGAUUAUGUCUUUAUUUAUUUUUCUCAGUGCUGAAGUGCCAACUUGGUUACACAAGACUGAUUCCGAUUUAACUUGUCAGAAACCCAGGGGAGAAACCCAGCUGUCAUUAGAGAAUGGUGAUGAGCAGAUGUCCCUGAGUGGUCAGCAGCCUUUCAGGUGACUACACAGGUGGUUCCACACAUGCCUGUAUCAGGGUCCUCUCCUGGCCGUCUACUAGUCAUUGGGAUCCUCUCUCUGCUUGUGGUCCACAUCAGCUCUGAGGCAUGGAGCAAUGAAGUUUCAGACGUCCAGUAUGGCCGACUGGGAUCCAGUGUCACUCUGGCAUGCAGAGGUAGCAGGUCCCCUGUGGAGUGGCGUGUGAAUGGGAGCUCAGUGUUGCCCCGGCAGGCUGUCCAGUUGGACUCCUCGCUCUCGUUGCCCAGCGCCCACAUCUCCAUGGAGGGCAACUACAGCUGCCACGACCAGAGCGGCACCCUCAUCCAGGCUGUGCGACUCCGACUAGGCAACCCACCUGGCCCUGUGAACAUCACCUGUCGGCUCCCGAGUCACUUCAAGGUGUUCUGCUCCUGGACGACGUCGGUGGACUCCACACUGCCCACCCAGUACUUCUCCUCGUACAGCUCACGCGAUAAUGGCGUCUUGACGGUGGAGACUUGCAUCCAGGAGGAGCAGGGCAGCUCCAGCUGUGUCAUCGAGCACCCUCCCAUGUGGAGCCACAAGCACCUGCUCAACAUCACCGAGGUCAACCCCCUGGGCUCGCAGCAGACCAUUAUCAGAGUAGACCUUCACCAGCUCAUGAAGCCUGAUCCACCAGAGGCGGUGCGGUCCAUGGAGGUGGAGGGCCACCCCACCAGGCUGCAAGUCCAGUGGAGGAUCCCGGAGUCCUGGACACCGGAGGAUAUCUCGGACGUCGCCUUCCCUCUGGCUUUCCAGUUACGCUACCGGCCUGUCGGCUCCAAGUACUGGUCAAUGCUGUUCACAGAGGAUGACACCAGCCUGACGAUCAUGGAUGCCCUGGCUGGACACCCCCACCACAUCCAGGUGCAGGCCAAGGACGGCAUCAGCCCUGAGAGCCAGUGGAGCGACUGGAGCCAACUGGUCCAGGCUCAGCCCUGGACAGAACCUCUGAUAGCCACAGAGGAGCCUACAGCCAUCCCUGAGUUCUUCAGCCCAGAGCAAAACAACACAGGGGCAGACACAUCCACAGUCAAGGGACCAGACUCUCAGUUGCCGGACGGUGGAGGACUUGGAGUCGUGAUGCUCCUUAGCCUGUUCGCCGGGAUCAUCGGGAUCGUGGCGUUUACGGUCAUCCUCCUGCUGUGGAUGCGACACCAGAAGCGAGGCGGUUUGAGCAAGCAGCAGCUAACCUCCAUGGUGAAGAUGAAGUCCUUGCUAAUCUGAGGUAGCGAGGUUGGCGGAGUCCUUGUUCCUUGUUAGCCCUCAUAGGGCUUCCUCAAAGGGAAUCCUCUCCACUGCUAUACUGCAGUGCUAAUACGGCUCCAGUAUCCCACAAUUCACCUGUCUCCUGUUGGUGCUCACAAGGGUUGGUUCCGAGACGCAGACCCUGGGAACUGUGAAUACAGACCAUGUAGCAUACACACAGACACACACACAGACACACACACACUCAA